AUGAUUAGCUCAAUUUAUCUUUCAACUCAUAUUAUAUAUAAGGUCUCCAGAUUUCCCCUGGGUUCUCUGUCCGAUCAACCAUUCUCAUCUGCAUUCGCGUCUUUAUCUCUCAGAUCCACUGUUGUAUACAUCAGACGCUGCUUCUUCUUAGGUAGUGAAUGUAGUGAAUGUCGCUUUGUAGGUGUUCCAUACGCACAAUCAACGUUUGGUAAGAACCGUUUCCGAAAAGCGCAACCACUCCCUGCGUCUGCAGCGCAACAAAUCAUCCACGCCAAUGCGUUCGGCCCCAAUUGCCCUCAAUAUGAAGCAACCCCUGCAUCUGUCUAUACUGACGUGAGACGUGAGUAUUUCAUCCAAGGCAUCAAUGGAGAUGAUUGUUUGAGCGUCAGUGUUUGGGCACCAUUGUACCCGACCGAGGAAAAAGUACCCGUGAUCGUUUGGAUUUAUGGAGGUGGUCAGACCACAGGUGGUUCAUCUGUACCUUACCAAAAUCCACAACAAUGGGUCCAGCGUACUCAAUCGCAUAUUGUCGUCUCAUUGCAGUACAGACUGAACUUUUUCGGUCAACCAAACACACCAACCGAAAAUACUGUGCUCUACAUUUUUGAUGCUAGAGCUGCUCUCGAGUGA